CGGGUGCUCCACUCCUUGUUCGCCAUUCUUGCUUGGGGAAGCGAGCUGGUAGCGUGGGGACUGAGACGCUCAGAAAUAUUCAAAUAAAAGUGUUUUAGAAAGGUAAGGUCGGAGUACAGCCAUACCUGGAUCAUUGUUGUCAGCAAGGGGCUUCCAAUUGAUGAAGAUUUCGGGGUUUUUAGCGGACGAUGGCAGAGCAGGAUCCCACCCCUGAGCAGCUGGCAGCGAUCGCGGCAGAGAACCAGGAAGGAGUGACCUCAGUGAACUACAAGCCGCCAGCGCAGAAAACCCUGCAGGAGAUCCAGCAGCUGGACCAGGAUGAUGAGAGCCUGCGCAAGUACAAGGAGGCACUGCUGGGAAACGUCAGCACCACAGUGGCUGACCCUAAUGCCCCAAAUGUACAGGUGACAAAGCUGACGUUGGUGUGUGAAACUGCUCCUCUGCCUCUCACCCUGGACCUGACAGGUGAUCUGGAAGGCUUUAAGAAGCAGUCAUUUGUCCUGAAGGAGGGCGUGGAGUACAAGAUUAAAAUCAGUUUUAAGGUUAACAGAGAUAUUGUCUCAGGCUUGAAGUACGUCCAACAGACCUACAGGAAAGGAGUUAAGAUUGACAAGACGGACUACAUGGUUGGCAGCUACGGGCCGCGCCCCGAAGAGUACGAGUUUCUGACGCCGCUGGAGGAAGCGCCCAAGGGCAUGCUGGCCAGGGGCACCUACAACAUCAAAUCGAAAUUCACAGACGACGACAAACACGACCAUCUGUCCUGGGAGUGGAACCUCAACAUCAAGAAGGAGUGGAAGGAUUAAUCCGGCCAGCAGCAUCACCCUCACAUUAGGAGAGGCCGAAUCAGCAGCUAUACAGUACACCACCUACGACUACUACGCCCCCUACUGUACCAAAGUGAUACCACAACUUUUCCUUUUUUUACGAAAGAACAGCAUCACCAUCCAAAAUUAAUGAAUUUGUACUGCAGAGUAAGAACAUCAUGGCUGGCGAGAGAAACAGUUGUAAAAUCCAAUGUUUGUUUAAAAAGAAAAUGAUGGCAUGGCUAUUUGUGUUCGUCUCCCUUCAUUGUUUUCAUCCCCACCCCCCCCCACCCCCGUUUGUUUGUUUUGUUUAGGUUCUGUUUUACCGAGAGCUGCCUUCUGAAGUUAUCAGUUAAAGAACCAUGAGAGGAGUAUUAGAUAUGUAUUUUUUUUUCCCCCGCAGAGAGAAGGAAAAGGCUUUUCCAUACUGCUAGGCAAACUCUAUCAAAGCAAACUGUAUCAAAUUGAAAGACAUAGUAGUUUCAUAUGCAUGUAUAUUGAGCAUUUGAGACUGCAUUUUUGUGUAUACUGUUUUUUUUUUCCUUACCUGCUGUUCCAGUGAGAUUGGGACCCAGUCCUAUAUUUUCUGUAGCUGGUAAGAUGCUGUAAAUACAGUAUUCUAUUUGCAGUUUGCCUUGCAGUUCUGGAGGAUUUUUUUCAGUCUCUUUAAAAUAUUGUCCCAGUCUGAUAUCAACAAGUAUAUUAUAUAUAUAUAUAUAUAUAUAUAUAUAUAUAUAUAUAUAUAUAUAUAUAUAUGUGUGUACAGUUAGAUUUAGAGGCAGUUUUCUUAAAAUAAUCCAAUUAAACCAAUUACAUUUUUUAACCAUGUUGCCUUAAUGUUAAUGAUGAUUACUGUUGUGAAAAAAACAAGAAAAACAAAUGCAAAAAUAAUAAUAAUCAUGUAGACUACUUGCAUAUAUUGAGUUUCCUGUUGAUCUGACUGCAAAUGAACAGUGCCAGCCCAAAUUAAGUAACUAAUGCAGUAUUGUGGAACCUGUACCAGUUUAAAGAUUAUAUAAUAAUUGUGAUAAGAAAGAGAUUAAUGGGAGAGACUUUCUUCCCUGCUUUUGAGAGCUGAUAAUUCUACAAAAGUCAACCAUGUCACCUGGAUGUAUUUUAUUCUUUUAUUAGCUGCUUAAUGUGGGCUGACACCUGCUAACAUGUUAAUUAAAGAGGGUGGAAGAGGAGAUCACUACUGGUGGAUGCCACAUUCCUGAGUCGGCAUUUAACCUGUUGAUUAAAGUCACGCUGCUGAGCUGGAGUAAAACGCCUAUGGUCUUUUUUGGGGGAGGGUGUUUUCUUAAAGGAACUGUAUACAGAAUAACAUCUCGAAGCUGAAGCUUAUUAAGAAGGGGGAAAUUAAGACAUGCAAGUCAUUGCACUGUUAUCUGUAAUAAAAAAGCAAGGAUUCAAAGUAGGGUGUUUGGACUGAAAACUUCAGUUUGGAAGAUGUUAUAAAUACUGCAUGCAGGGCCUUUUGAAGAUGCUCUUUUGAAACCUAGUGUUGUAUUGAAUGGACCAGAAGAAAAUAUAUAGUAUGUCAUAACAUUUGUGUAAAUGAAUGUGCCUGCUUCAUUUUAUAUGUCUUUUUUUUUUCUCAUCAAAUAAGCAGUAUCCCCUUUUUAUUUUCAAACUCCUCUGCGCCUUGAAAAACCAUGCCUUCAGAUUUCAGAAAUGGGAACUGGAUUAGUUCCCAUUCACCAAAGGGGCUUACUGUGUCUGUUCAGACUAACGGAAUACUAUAGCGGGGCAUAAAGAUGCCUUACAUGAGUUAAGACCUAUUGUUUAAUAAAACACACACCAACACUUGCCUCUUAUGGAUUAGUAUUUGAUACAGAAAAUCUAGGACAACUUCCUUGCACCUUUCCCUAAUAGCAGUGUCAUUAAUUUCUGUAGAUCUCUUACAGCCUUUGAAAUAGAAUACAAAAACUACAGUGCCAUCACCAGGGCCAGCAAAACGUAAAAAAGGAAGGAAAUGUUCUUGUAGCCUAUGGCAACUUUUGGAGCCCAAUUCGAUUUAAUGUUUUGAUAGGAGAGAAACAUUAAGAACGAGAAACAAAGUAAAUGUGCUGUGCAAUUGCAGCUCAUUUAAAGGAUUUCUCCAUGUUUUUGUUUGUCACAAAAUCUUAACCCUCCAGCUAAAAAGUUAAUUGAAUUUAGGGUUAUCCAGUGUGUAAUCAAGCAGUAAAAUACCAGACGGGUCAUGGCUAUUGAAAGAGUUAGGUGUCAAGGCAACUAGAUAUUGGGCUUUUCUGGCCCUGAUUCAGUAACAGUGUUUGUGAUUGGCUGGGUACAUGUCGGUGAGUGUCAUAGCCAGUAGAAAUGGGACCAAUCAAGUGGUUACUUGUAGCUGUGCAAUGUUAUUUACCCAUAAACCCUUUUUUUCUCCUUUUUUUAAAAAAAAAUAUAGAUUUUUUAAUUUGUCUCUUGUCUGUUUUUGCUACUUAUUCUGUGUAGCCUGGAGAACAGUUUCCAGACUUUAUUUGACUACAAUAAAGUGUCCAGACUGGAUCCAUUACAAAUCUA